AUGACUUUCUGGACUGACGCACAACUGGCAUCAAUAGACCGCAUGUUGAAUCCGCGUUCGAUUGCGGUGGUGGGAGCGACGCCGCGGAUGCAAUACGGCGGGCGAUUCCUGGCGGCAGCGAUGCAGGCAUCAGACCGGGUCAACGUGUAUCCGGUGAACCCGCGAUACGAGGAAAUCCAGGGCGUGAAGUCGUAUGCGUCGGUAACAGAUCUGCCCGAGGCGCCGGACGUGGUGGGAAUCGUGGUGCCCUAUCACGCGGUGCUGGAUACGCUGCGGGAGAGCCACGCCAAGGGCGCCAGGUCGGCCAUCGUGAUUUCGGCCGGGUUUUCCGAAAGGGGCGAAGAAGACCGACGGGAACUGCAGCUGGAGAUGGGUCGGUUCGCCAGGGAAUCGGAGAUGCGGGUGAGCGGUCCGAACUGCCUGGGACUGGCCAACUUGAAGGACGACAUCUGGGCCAGCGCUUCGUCGCGUGGAGCCGAAGGGCUCAGCGGGCCGGUGGGGCUGGUCUGCCAGAGCGGCGCAUCGGCGUUUGGGCCGUUUCUCACGCGGGCGGUGGACGAUGGGAUUGGGUUCAGUUACAUCGUGUCGACCGGGAACGAGGCUGAUCUGGAUUUUUGUGAUUUUGCCCGCUACCUGCUGGACGACGACGAUACGAAGGUGAUCGCCGGAUUUGUGGAAGGGUUCAAAGACGGCAGGAAAUUCGUCGAGCUGGCUAAGCUGGCCGCCGAGCGCGGAAAACCCAUCGUCCUCAUCAAGAUAGGACGCUCUGACCUGGGUUCCAGGGCCGCGGGGUCACACACGGCAGCCCUGACCGGAGUAGACACACGGUACGAUGCGGCAUUUGAGCAGUACGGUGUGAUUCGGGUGCAGGAUUACGACGACCUGCUCCAGGUGUCCAACAUGCUGGCACGAUGCCAGAGGCCACCAAACCGGGGGGUUGCCGUGGUGUCGCACUCCGGGGGAAUCAGCAGCCUGACCGCCGACAUGUGCGGACAAGCGGGUCUUGAUCUCCCGCCGCUGUCCGACCACGCACGCGACGGCAUCAACGGCAUCCUCAAGGGGUUUGGGUGGGCCGCCAACCCAUCGGAUGUAACGGGAUUCGCCAACAGCAACGACUUUCCGGAGAUCAUGUCGUUUAUGGCCGAGGAUGAUCAGGUGGGCACGCUGGUGGUGGCGUCCGCCGGCGCCGACGCCCAGGCCGCGCAGGUCAUCGCGCAACGGGACGGCAGCAACAAACCCAUCGCAUUCCUGUGGACGGGAACGAGGGGGAGCCGAUUCGGGGCUGCCCAUGCUGCGACGGGCCGGUAUCCCGGUUUUUUACGUUCCGGACAAACUCGCAGCAGGGAUUCGAUACCUGAAUGA